CAGCAUCAGGGACUUUUCCAAUGAGUCAGCAGUUCACAUCUGAUGACCAAAAGACUGGAGCUUCAGCUUCAGCGUCAGUCCUUCCAACUAUUGUCGGAAGGUGCAGAUGUCAAUGCAAGGCACAAACUUGGCUGGACAGCACUGAUGGUGGCAGCCAUCAACCGAAACAACAGUGUGGUGCAGGUCCUGCUUGCGGCUGGUGCUGACCCAAACCUCGGGGACGACUUUAGCAGUGUAUACAAUACCGCCAAGGAGCAGGGAAUCCAUUCUUUAGAAGUCCUGGUCACCCGAGAGGAUGACUUCAACAACCGGCUGAACAACCGCGCCAGCUUCAAGGGUUGCACAGCCCUGCACUAUGCUGUCCUCGCUGAUGACUACCGGACCGUCAAGGAGCUGCUUGAUGGAGGAGCCAACCCCUUGCAGAGGAAUGAAAUGGGACACACACCCUUGGAUUAUGCUCGAGAAGGGGAGGUGAUGAAGCUUUUAAGGACUUCUGAGACUAAGUACCAAGAGAAGCAGCGGAAGCGGGAGGCCGAGGAGCGGCGCCGCUUUCCCCUGGAGCAGCGGCUGAAGGAGCACAUCAUUGGCCAAGAGAGCGCCAUCGCCACCGUGGGUGCAGCGAUCCGGAGGAAGGAGAAUGGCUGGUACGACGAAGAACACCCCCUGGUCUUCCUCUUCUUGGGAUCAUCUGGAAUAGGAAAAACAGAACUGGCCAAGCAGACAGCCAAAUAUAUGCAUAAAGAUGCCAAAAAGGGUUUCAUCAGGCUAGACAUGUCUGAGUUCCAGGAGCGGCAUGAGGUGGCCAAGUUCAUCGGGUCCCCACCAGGCUACAUUGGCCACGAGGAGGGUGGCCAGCUGACCAAGAAGCUGAAGCAGUGCCCCAAUGCCGUGGUGCUCUUUGAUGAGGUAGACAAAGCCCACCCAGAUGUACUCACCAUCAUGCUGCAGCUGUUCGAUGAGGGCCGGCUGACAGAUGGAAAAGGCAAGACCAUCGACUGCAAGGACGCCAUCUUCAUUAUGACCUCGAACGUAGCCAGUGACGAGAUAGCACAGCAUGCCCUGCAGCUGAGGCAGGAAGCUUUGGAGAUGAGCCGUAACCGGAUCGCCGAGAACCUUGGGGACGUCCAGAUCAGUGACAAGAUCACCAUCUCAAAGAACUUCAAGGAAAACGUGAUUCGCCCCAUCCUAAAAGCUCACUUCCGGAGAGAUGAGUUUUUGGGACGAAUCAAUGAGAUCGUCUACUUCCUCCCCUUCUGCCACUCGGAGCUCAUCCAGCUCGUCAACAAGGAGUUGAAUUUCUGGGCCAAGAGAGCAAAGCAAAGGCACAACAUCACACUGCUCUGGGACCGCGAGGUGGCGGACGUGUUGGUCGAAGGCUACAACGUGCACUAUGGUGCCCGCUCCAUCAAGCAUGAGGUGGAGCGCCGUGUGGUGAACCAGCUGGCGGCCGCCUAUGAGCAGGACCUGCUGCCAGGGGGCUGCACCCUGCGCAUCACUGUGGAGGACUCGGAUAAGCAGCUGCUGAAGAGUCCUGAACUGCCCUCACCCCAGGCCGAGAGGCGUCCCCCCAAGCUGCGGCUGGAGAUCAUCGAUAAGGACAGCAAGACCCACAAAUUGGACAUCCAGGCACCACUCCACCCUGAGAAGGUGUGCCACACCCUCUAGCGUCUAACUACCCGCCCAUACGUGCCCUCAACACCUAAUAAAGCCCCCUUGGCUGUGGCAUGGUGACCGACCUACCUUCCCCUCCUGCUUCUCACCCCUCUCUAUCUAGCGUAAGGCCUGUUACCUCCUCACAGCCCCUGGAAGAUGCCUUCUCAGCCCCACCCUCACCCCUUCGUUGUGGGCCCCACAUGUGCUCUCAGGUCUCUGGGAGGGGAGCUGCUCCUCUGUCCGCUUUACGGCAGGGAGAAGAGGGAGGUCCCUCAUCUCUGUCCUUCAGUGUGAUCCUCAUGUCCCAGAGCCUCUGGAACUUUAUCAUGUUUGCUGGAAACUCAGAAGUAUGGCAGCUGAGAACAGAUCUGGCUGGAACAAGACAGGGACCAGGCUGUGACCUGCUACCCUCUGCUGGCUCUCAUGCUACUGAGUCCCCAGAAUGUCUCCACAGGGAGCAGAGAAGUCAGAGGCCCAGACACAGAGCUUCUGCAUUUAAGCCAUUGCUUCCUCUUUCCCAUGCCCUAGAAUUCCAAGGGGAAGGGACUCUCGGAACCCUUCCCCCUUCCACUGCCGUGUCAUGGCUACUAUUCCUCCCUGCCCCACGUUCAGGGGUCAGACCAGACCACGUCUCUCCAGCCUUAGAACUAGGCCAGCAUAGGGCAUCUUUAGGAAGAAGGCUGGGUCCUACCCAACCCUACACAGGGCCUGGACAGAAGCACCAAAUGACCAAGCAAGCUUAACUCUGCGAGGCCUCCUGCAGGAGACCAACAACAUAGACAGUGGAGAACUGUAGGGGUAGGGAUCCUGGGGUCAGGCUGUACGCAGAUGGCCAUGGAGUCUGCGUCUGCCCCAUGUCCACAGUACCAUGUGAACAUGGGAUGGACAGCUGCCUCAUGAAGUCUGCACGUUAGUCACUAAACAGAGGGACUGCACACCAUCCCCCAAGGCUCUCCACACACCAGGCGUGUUCAGCCUCAGCUUAAUUAGCAGGGCACAGAAAGGCUUGGUACAUACAUCCUUGGGAACCAUCUGCAGUAGCCACCAUUGAGGACCAUGCCAUCAGCCUCCCCUGAAGGGUCGCUUUGGAAACCCUCCUUUGGAGUCAGAAAGUCUCUUCUAGGAAGCAGAAAAUGGGGACAGGAAUCACAGUCCCUCGGGUGACGGAGGAAUGUCAUGACACGGCAGGUGGGGCGCAGCCGGAAGCUGGAACUUGGGCUUCAGCAGAUGCUGCAGCAGGCACCAUCCAGCCCCUCAAGGAGCUGUCUGCCACUUUGUACCUCAGCGACUGCCACUCUUUGUUUAUUUAUUAGCAGCAGUUUUUUUUUUUUUUUUUACUUCUUGUUCUGAAAUAAUUUUAGACUUAGAGGAAAUAACCACAAUAGUAGAGUUCCAUGCACCCUUCACCAACUUCACCAACCAUCUGUUAAAAAUUAUUAAAUUAUAAUUAUUAAAACCAGGAAAUUAACAUGAUAUGGUACUACUAGCUAAUCUCUAGGCAUUCAGAUUUUGCCAUUUUCCCCACUGAUGUCCUUUUCCUGGUCCAGAAUCCAGUCGAGGAUCCCGUGUUGCAUCUUGUUGUGUUUCCUUUAUCUCCUUCAACCUGUGACAGUUCUUCCAUCCUUCUUUGCCUUUUAUGACCUUGACACUUUUGAAACCUCCAGGUCAGUUAAAUUUGUAGAAUUUAACUGCUUUAAUUUGGGUUUGUCUGCUGUUUUCACAUGCUUAGAUUGAGGGUCACCAUUUUGGGUAAAACUAGCCCUCAAGUGAUGCUGUGCCCAUCCUUAUAACCUAGAGCAGGUGAUACAUGCUGAGGUUGUGUAUACCAGUUUUUCCACUGUAAGAUUACUAAUUUUCCCUUUGAAAUGAAUAAGAAUCUCAUGGAAAGAUAGAAACUGUACAAAUGUCUUAUUUAUCCAUAAAAUUUUGCCCGUUGAUUUUAGCAUCCGUCAUGUAAAUGUAAACACGUUAGUCACUCAGUCAUGUCCAGCUCUUUGUGACUGUAACCCACCAGGCUCCUGUGUCCUUGGGAUUCUCCAAGCAAGAAUACUGGAGUGGGUUGCCAUUUCCUUCUCCAGGGGAUCUUCCCAACCGGCUCUUGCUUUUAACAAACAUUAAUACUAUAUUUGCCUAAUGAUGACAUUGUUUUCUUAUUCCAUCUAUAUGUAUUAAUUGGUAUUCUUCUGUAAGGAACAACUUUCUCUUUUCUCCCAUUUAUUUAUUCAAUAAUUUACCUAUAAGUAAAACUAAUGAAUAUUUGUUUUAGUCUAUGGGUUGUUACCUAUUAAUAAUACUAAUAGAGUUUAUUUCAUUGCUCAUAUGGUCUAGAUUUGGCCAUUGGGAGCUCUUAAGUUGGCUCCUGUGUUGUUUCAGUGUUGCCCCAUCAUUUUUUUAGUAUUACCCUAUUUUCUGGCACCACAAGGUGUUCCAAGGUUACUUACACUUUUCUUGUCCCAGCCCUGACUUCAGCCAUUCCUCUAAGCAACUCCUGAUUCCUCUUAUUUGAGAAUGGUACUUAGAAACUAAGGUGGUAUAUUCAGUGCUUCUGGAGUGUCAUUGCUUCUAGGCCUUUUUAGCACACAAAGCUAGGAAAUAAAUAUAUAUGUAUAUGUUAACAUAUGUAUCACACACAAUUGAAUUUAUUAUUGUAUCUGUCCAUCUGUAUAUUAUUAUAAACCAUGAGUCCAUACUGAUGCCUACAGUUAUAACCCAAUACCACAGGGCCUGUGACUUACUGUUAUUACUAGCACUUUACUGUUCAUUCUCUGCUUCUUCCUCUCCUGCUAUCUCUGUUUCUUCUCUCAUUCUGUUUUCUGUUCAGACUCCCAUAGAGGCUCUAAUUAAGUCAGUCAGUGACCAUCCUAUAUGGAGCACUCCUGUUGGUUAAAGUUCUUAUGCCCCAGCUGUCGGUCUCUUGGUUUAGUCAGCUGUGGCCAGGACCAGCAAACAUGUAACUGAAAACCAGAUAGCUUUUAUACAGGAAAACCCAAUGACCACCUUUCUGAGAAGAGAAUAAGGGACAGAGUAGACCCUCCGAUUCUGAGAAGCUUGAGGAUCACUUCUAGAGACUCAGCUAGACCUUGUAGGUGAUGUUGGACCCCUGCCUUAUACUAUCGUAGCAUCCUCGACAGUAUUCAGCUCAGUUGCAUUACUUGUUCUGUGUUUGCCUUUGUCAUUAGAGUGUAAGAUCCAGAAGGGCAGAUACCCAAUUCUACUCACUGUCCUGUUCAUAGAAGUUGGCACAGAGCAAUCACAUGAUGGCUGCUACAGGUGUUUGGAUGGAUGGGUGGGCCCUGCAGCAAGCACAGAUCUUCACAGUGAGGCCCAGGACACAACAGUAUCCUAUGUUCAUGGAGUGAACAUCUGUCAUGUGCUUGUGGCCAGGCAGCAGAACUUGAGUAGAUAGGGCAAAGUAAGACCCCAGAUACCUUACUGAGUAUCUAGAAAUACAUGAGGCUGGACUUGGAAGUGAAAUAUCUUCAUUGUUCAAAAGGAAAAAUUCAAAGGUGCAUAGUGAUUGUUUUAGGAAUUUAGAAAAAAAAAAAAUUUAAACCAUAGGAGAAAAGAUAAAACCUGAAGUUAAGUAGGAAUGCAAAAAAAAAAAAAAAA